GGUACAGAAACAGCAACGCGGAGGAUUUUUCUCCCUCUAACAACCGUUAAAUGAAACGCAACAACCGCUUUGUGACUCUUCUCCAUGGCAUUCACCAGGGCAGAGAAGACCUUCUGACUCUCGCGUACCUCUCUGAGUUACAAUGGAGCCAGACGCGUGCAGUUGCUGCUGUAAGGAGCCAUGUGUUCAAGUGAAGGACAGACUAAUUAAAUCCGCCGUCAGAUAGCCGAGAUACAGAAUGAUCAAACACACAUUUCUCCGGGCCAGACGUGCCCUCUCUCCCGGUCUGCGCUUCUUCUCUGGCGGGGAAAUAAUUGGAGAUGUGUCUGAAUGGGCAGGCUCUCCACAUCUCACAAAGCAGGCGUCUCUCUACGUACACUGGCCUUACUGUCUCAGGAGGUGUUCCUACUGCAACUUUAACAAGUAUAUACCCAGAGAGAACAAUGACCACAUCAUGACUGACUGCCUUCAGUGGGAGACUGAGACAUUGCUGCAGCUCAGUCAGGUAUCCUGCAUCACCUCUGUAUUUUUUGGCGGUGGUACUCCGAGCCUUGCACGCCCGUCCACCAUUGCUACAAUCCUUGAAACCGUCUCUAGGCAGGUGAAUCUACCAGAUGAGGCAGAGGUCACGCUCGAGGUCAACCCUACUCCUGUGGGAAUGUCAAAGUUAGAGGAUUACUGCAGUGCUGGGGUGAACCGUUUCUCCAUCGGGGUCCAGACUUUGCAGGAUGAUGACUUGAAAAUUCUGGGACGAGACCACAGUUCUCAUCAGGCUUUGAAAACCAUUGAAGAGGCUCAGCGGCUGUGCCCAGGGAGGGUGUCUGUGGAUGUCAUGUUCGGACGCCCCAGGCAGAGCGUUGAAUCCUGGGAGAAUGAGUUGUCCGAGCUGCUGAGGGCGUGUGAUGACCAUGUGUCUCUGUACCAGCUGACCCUGGAGCGAGGCACCCAGCUGUUUAAACAGGUGCAACAAGGGGAAGUGACUAUGCCAGCUGAUGAUGUGACGGCAGAGAUGUACCGGUGUGCCAGGAGGACUCUCCACCAGAGAGGCUUUCUGCAGUAUGAAGUGUCAAACUUUGCAAGAAAUAAUGCGGUGGGUCAUCACAAUAUGAGCUACUGGAAGGGAAGACAAUACAUUGGCGUUGGCCCAGGAGCACAUGGCCGGUUUGUCCCUUUGGGGGAGGGAGGUGUCGUUCGGGAGGCGCGGACCCAGACUCUCGAGCCUGACGUGUGGAUCCGUGAAGUCCAGCAGAGGGGACAUGGGACACGGAGGAGAAUUCAGCUCGGCCAUCUUGAACUAUUGGAGGAGGUGUUGGUGAUGGGGAUGAGAAUGACAGAGGGCAUUAAUCACAAGCAUUGGGAGUUGUUUAGCCCUCAGCUCUGCCUCCAUGAAGUCUUUGGUACAUCCACAGAUGUCCGAGAGUUGCUGCAGAACGGACAGCUGAUUCUUGAUGACAGAGGUCUGCGCUGCUCCUGGGAUGGGCUGGCUUUACUGGACAGCAUACUGCCAGCUCUACUGGUGGAACUGGAAACCAAAAUCCUCCAGAAGCCACAAAGGGACCAGAGUGCUAAUGGACAAACACAGAAGACCUCUAACUCAUAAUGACAGUAAUGUUAAAUAGAGCAGAGACUUUGGAGAAAGCUUGUUCGUGGGUAAGGCUGACAGGACUUUAAAAAAAAACCCCAAAAAUUAUUUCCAUUUAAUGUUAUGAUAUUUAAAUUCCUUAUUUAAGGCUGUGCCAUUUUUCACAUUAAAUGUAUUGUUUCCUUCUCUUUGUUACUUUGAUGUGUAGCAGUCAUGACAACUCGAACCACAACAACCUGACCAGUGUAAUUACAGCUGGCACUGAGACAUUUCUAAUUAAGUCAUUUUACUGUCAUCUAAACAUAAUUAUUACUGACAUGGUGCAUACUCAGACAUUGUUUUGAGUUGAUACGAAUGCCUGUGCGUUCUUCUGUGUAUACCCGUAUUAAAGUGCUGCAUUUAUAAUACA